CCAAGUAAUUCAAUACUUUUGCAAUUUAAUACUACAACGGAUACGAUUCGCGUUUAAAAUGUGCAUUAUGGAAUAGCCUCACUGUGUUUUAAUGGAGCGAUUUAAAAUGUCGUUGAUUCACACAUCAAAGAAAAUCAUUGCCGUCGGCUUGCUCUUGACCAGUUUAACAUUUGUGAUAAUGUUUGAAUACAUUGACCGGGUUCAUGUAAUACGUUUACACGUAUAUAUGCCGCCUAGCCGACCAUUUCGACCCGCCGACAACAUUUUGGCAGUCAUAAGAACCUUAACAGUAACACCGGAACACCUAAGGACCAUAUCAUCAAAUCCGGACCUGAUCGACAAAAUCAACGCAUCAUCAGGUGUCCAUUAUCCAGUGACUUUUAAAAGACCCUAUCUGAUUGAAAAUCCAGAAUUAUGUUCAUCUGUGCCUGAUUUGACUGUGUUAAUCAUUGUUCAUACCGCUCCAAACCAUUUUGAAUUAAGAAAUGCAAUGAGAAGAACUUGGGCUAAUGAUACGCAUUAUGAAUCUCUAGGAAAGGUAAGAAAAUUGUUCCUUCUUGGUACAGUCAAUAACCAAACGCUUCAGACAGAAUUGGAAAAGGAAUUUAAACAAAACCAAGACCUCUUACAAGGAGAUUUCGUCGGUGCUGACAGUAAUCUUACACAUAAAGGUGUUAUGGGGUACCUUUGGGUUUCUGAGCGGUGCCAGAAUGCUAAAUUCAUCCUGAAAGUUGACGAUGAUAUCGUUGUUGAUAUGUACAGACUAUUUACUAAAGUUAUACCAAACUUUAAAAACAAAACAAAACAAAUCCUUUGCAGUUAUAUAACACCAGGAACUAUGCUUAUUACUCGGGAAAAGAAAAACAAGUGGUAUGUAAAUGAAAACCAUUUUCAAGGACAACAAUUUUAUCCUGAAUAUUGCAGCGGAUUACUGGUCCUCUUUACUAAUGACGUCAUACCAGCAAUAUUUAAAUCUGCAUCGGUGUCGCCAUUUUUCUGGGUGGAUGACGUAAAUUUGUACGGCUUUGUGUCAAACCAUCUUCUAAGAAAUAAUAUCAACGGCUUAGAGGAAAAGGACCACCUGCUGGACGGACAGAAGGCCUUAAAGUGUUAUAGAAACGAAACAAUGAAUCGGCAGCAUAAAUGUAAUUAUCUUGUUACCGGGUCCCGAAAAAUACAAGUUUUAGUAGACAUAUGGUCGAAAAUGACUAAACAGUACGAAAAUGAAAAAGUAGAAAAAAUUGAAGAAGCCGUGACAUCAACAAUUACUUCCAAAACGAUGAUUCGGCCAGCGGGAGACUUGGCAGCCAUAGGGACUUUUACAGUAGACACUGAAGACCUAAGGGCCAUAUCACCAAAUCCGGACCUAAUCGCCAAAAUCAACGCCUCAUCGGAUGUCAAAUAUCCAGUGACAUUUAAAGGAUCAUAUCUGAUUGAGAAUCCAGAAUUAUGUUCAUCUGUGCCUAAUUUGGCUGUGUUAAUCAUUGUUCAUACCGCUCCAAACAAUUUUGAAUUAAGAAAUGCAAUGAGAAGAACUUGGGCUAAUGAUACGCAUUAUGAAUCUCUAGGAAAAGUUAGAAAAUUGUUCCUUCUUGGUACAGUCAAUAACCAAACGGUUCAGACAGAGUUGAAAAAGGAAUUUAACGAACACAAAGACCUCUUACAAGGAGAUUUUGUCGAUGCUUACAGGAAUCUUACCCAUAAAGGUGUGAUGGGGUACCGUUGGGUUUCCGAGCGGUGCCGGAACCCUAAAUUCAUCCUUAAAGUUGACGAUGAUAUCGUUGUUAAUAUGUACAGAUUAUUUACUAAAGUUAUACCAAAAAUUAGAAACAAAACAAAACAAAUUCUCUGCCAUUAUAUACUUCCAGGAACAAUGCGUAUUUUACGGGAAAAGAAGAGCAAGUGGUAUGUAAAUGAAAACCAUUUUAAGGGACAGAAAUUUUAUCCUGAAUAUUGCAGCGGGUUUCUGGUCCUCUUCUCUAAUGACGCCAUACCGGCAAUGUUCAAAGCCGCAUCGGUAACACCAUUUUUCUGGGUAGAUGACGUGUAUCUGUACGGCCUUGUUCCAAGCCAUGUACCAGGUAUUACAUACACUAGUUUAGAACAAGAGGCCCACGUGCUAAACGGCGAUAAAGCCUUAAAGUGUUAUAGAAACGAAACAAUGAAUCGCCUGCACAAAUGUAAUUAUCUAGUAACUGGUUCCCGAACAAUGCAAGUUUCAGUGGAUAUAUGGUCGGAAAUGACUAAACAGUACGAAAAGGUAAAAGAAAAUGAAAAAGCUGUGAGUUCGACAAUCAAUCAUGAAACGAUAAUUCGCCCAGCCGACAAACUUUUGGCAGUCAAAGGGAACCGUACAGUAGCCCCCGAAGACCUGACAGCUAUAUCACCAAAUCCGGACCUGAUCGCCAAAAUCAACGCCUCAUCGGAUGUCCAAUAUCCAGUGACUUUUAAAGGAUUUUAUCUGAUUGAAAAUCCAGAAUUAUGUUCAUCUGUGCCUGAUUUGACCGUCUUAAUCAUUGUUCAUACCGCUCCAAUCCAUUUUGAAAGGCGCAAUGUAAUGAGAAAAACUUGGACUAAUGAUACGCAUUAUAAAUCCUUAGGAAAUGUAAGAACAUUGUUCCUUCUCGGUACCGUAAAUGACAAAACGGUUCAGACAGAAUUGGAAAACGAAUUCAAAAAACACCAAGACAUCUUACAAGGAGAUUUCGUCGAUGCUUUCAAGAAUCUUACACAUAAAGGUGUGAUGGGGUACCGUUGGGUUUCCGAGUGGUGCCGGAACGCUAAAUACAUCCUGAAAGUUGACGAUAAUAUCGUUGUUCAUAUGUUCAGAUUAUUUACUAAAGUUAUUCCAAAAUAUACAAACAAAACGAAACAAAUCCUAUGCAAUCAUAUUUUACCAGGAACUAUGCUCAUCAUUCGGGAAAAGAAAAGCCAGUGGUAUGUAAAUGAAAACCAUUUUAAGGGACAGAAAUUUUAUCCUGAAUAUUGCAGCGGGUUUCUGGUCCUCUUUUCUAAUGACGUUAUUCCAGCAAUAUUCAAAGCCGCAUCGGUGACGCCCUUUUUCUGGGUGGAUAACGUGUAUUUGUACGGCCUUGCGCCAAGCCAUGUACCAGGAAUCACAUACAAUGGUUUAGAUAAAAAAGACCACAUGCUUGACGGCGACAAGGCCCUGAAGUGCUAUAGAAACAAAACAUUGAAUAACCAGCAUAAUUGUAAUUUUCUUGUUACUGGUUCCCAAACAGUACAAGUGUCAGUCGAAAUAUGGUCGGAAAUGACUAAACAGUACAAACAAGAGAAAGUAGAACAUUUUGAAGUAGAUUUGCCUUCGACAAUCAAAUACAAAACGACGAAGGAUUCUGAAUGACGAAUUGUUCCAUACUUAUCUCGGACUGUUUUUUGAACCCAGUUACUGAAGGGAUGGACUUUUGUUUCAAAGGGAAAUAAUUUUCUAAGAAGGGAAUAUCAAAUUUAAAGAAUUUUUUCGCAACCCUUACAGUGCAAACAUACCAUUUUUGAAUAAACAUGAGUUAACAUAACCUUGCUAACUUAAAAUAUUUAGCGUCUUUUUUAAAAGACUAGCAUUCACUUAUCGAUCAUUUUAGGUAGAGAAAAUAUGAAUAAGUGUCCAUCAAUUUAAUAUCAUAUUUGACAUUAAUUGAGCAUGCUGAAUAUAUAUACCCAUCUGUUUCAUAUGUCAGUGUUUUUUUCCUAAAUUAAUUUGGUUAAAGCUCUGUAUAAUUAUGUAGACACUUUUUGUUUUAACCUUUCUAAUUCAAUAUUAACUGUAUUGUUUGUCUGGCUGUGGUAAUGGUAUUCAAGAUAGCUUACAUAACACCGAUUAACACAUUUUUGAUAUGCAUAAAUAUAAACUUUUUAUCUUUCAUUUAUAUACUGAGGCCCUACAAUAAAUCUAACAAUAUAG